GACAUCUACGUCGCUUGGCUCUAAAGGAAAAGGAAGUAGCACAUGUUCAACACAAGUUUGACCCCUUGUGGAUGUACAAUUUAUGAUAACCACAAAAUAAAUGAGGUUAUUUUAGUUAAAUGUGCAUCUAAAAGCCGCAAAUCAGCAGCAUGAGACUGACAGCGUUGCUUUCUAUGGCAGCAAAAGCUGCAUUUCCACGCGAUUAUCGUUAUGGCACAAACAGACCGUGGACAAUCGCAGCCCAGCGGCUCAAUCCACCCGGCAAGACAAGAAGAAAGGUGUUUGUUGAACCUAUUGCAAAUGAGGACUGGCAUGUUCUGAGAGGUGACACAGUGGAGAUUUUGUCUGGAAAGGACAAAGGUAAGCAGGGCAAAGUAGCUCAGGUGUUUCGGCGGCGUUCCUGGGUCAUACUCGAGGGCCUCAACGCGCAUUAUAGGUAUAUUGGCAGAUCUGGAGAUUACAGGGGUACCUACAUUGCCAGUGAAGCCCCUCUGCUGCUGAAGGAUGUUACAUUAGUUGACCCUACGGACAGGAAGCCCACAGAUAUCGAGUGGAGAUACACUGAAGAGGGCGAGCGCGUACGUGUUUCUGUUAGGACAGGACGGAUUAUUCCCAAACCAGUCUUUCAGAGAAGAGAUGGCAUUAUUCCCCAGCAGUGGAAAGAUGGAACCAAAGACACAUCACCUGAAGACACGCUUCAGAAAACAUACACCACAUCUUUGAAAACCCUGGAGGAAGAAGUUAUGGAGAAAAUGAACAUUUGGGAAGAUAAAAGUCCACGUAAAAGCUACUGGUACUGAGUUACCACAGAGACUGUGUAUUAUGUUUUAGCAUAACAACAUUAGCAAGAUUAUUUAUCAUGGAGAAAUUUUUUAUGUGUUCUGCAAACUUUAUCAAUAAACCCAACCAAAUGCU